GUGGUAAAGACCUAAAGGUAAGAUUGUGUUACGUCUACAUAAUGUACUUCAGCUCUAUAAGAUUCGAUAUAAGGUUAGGAGAUACGUAUGUAGGUACAUGUAUUUAUGUGGCUGAAGCUACCACAAGCGGCGUACCUUAGGUAUUCGGCCAGACGCCAAGACCCCGGAAAUAGCCGACCUAGGAAUUAUCUCAACUGACCAUUCGUCGAAGCUCCAUACAAUAAUUUUUAAGCUAGGUACCUACUCGAACAGCCCAAAUCGAAUAGACAAGUCGCAGAUCUCGCAACCCGUAAGGUGCUGGUGUUUACAAAGAUGUCGCAUUCAAUAGCAGCUCCGCAACGGCUCAUACGGCCUCUUCUGCAAACCCGCCCUCGAACGCAACAAUGCCGCCGCUUUCUCUCGACGUCCCCCUCCACUUCGACAUCCUCUCCGCGACGACCCACCGCAGUACUCUCGCACCCCCAGCAACAAUGUACAGCCAACGCUCGACCCUUGGAGCAGCGACGAUAUAAGUCGAAGACGGUGGAGGAGGCGCUUAGUAGAUACCGGACAGGGCCCUUCUCGUGGAAGGCAGGCUUGCUGUUCGUGCUCACGAGCGCGGGGCUCGUAUGGUACUUCGAGCACGAGAAGCAGCGCAUGCAGCGCAAGCGCUUGGCCGAGGCUACCAAGGGUGUUGGGCGGCCUAAGGUUGGAGGGGAUUUCGAUCUGAUUGAUCAGGAUGGGAAACCAUUUUCGAGUAGGGAUUUGAAGGGUCGACAUUCCCUGGUCUACUUCGGAUUCACGCACUGUCCGGACAUCUGCCCGGAGGAACUCGACAAGAUGGCGCGGAUGUUUGACCUAGUCGAGGAGAAGUUGCCGGGAGCCCUGACGCCCGUGUUCGUGACGUGCGACCCGGCGCGUGACGACCCCAAGGUGCUCAAGUCGUAUCUAGCCGAGUUCCACCCGCGGUUUAUAGGGUUGACGGGCACAUACGAGCAGAUCAAGGACAUGUGCAAAGCGUACCGUGUCUACUUCAGCACACCGCGAGACGUCAAGCCUGGCCAGGAUUAUUUGGUCGAUCACAGCAUUUACUUCUACCUGAUGGACCCCGAGGGCGACUUCGUAGAGGCACUGGGACGCCAGCAUAGCCCCGAGCAGGCGGCGAAGGUUAUAUUGGAUCAUAUAAAGGAUUGGAAGAAAUAAGUGACCUGUGAUAUUAUCUAGUUACUCGGUUGAUACUAUGAUGUAUCAAUUCUGCCCAUACCCAUAAAGGCGUGCUGUGUAUAUUGUAUAAACAAAACAGGAAUCGAUGCGCGAGCCUGGGCUGGAUAAUUCACCUCUACGUUGUAUAAAGAUUACCAUUGCCAUUAACAAAAUACCCAUCUUCGCCUCAAAUAUAAAAUAC